GCACAAUGCCAUCAUAAACGCGUAUUAUGUAGAAAGAAAGAAAGGAACACAGAGAAUAUAGCAGGGAAAAAGAAUCUUAAGAAAAAUACGUUUCUCGACUCAUAGGAGAAUUCGAUUCUGGGACCAUCAAUCAGAAAUUUGUGGUGUUCUAGUGCUGAGUGAAAGUGGCAACUUUUCGCCCUCGUUUAUCGUGAAAUCGUUAACUAGCCGUAUGAGGCAGCGUGCCGAACAAUGAUCAACCAUGUAACCGUGGAAGCGCUGCAUUCGGCUAACUACGUGGAGAAUUAUCUGGACUCGGUGGAAAAUCUUCCGGACGACGUCCAGCGUCAUCUGUCCCGGAUACGAGAGAUCGAUGUGCUGUACCGCAAUCACCUUCGUGACGUGAGUGUGUACUACGACCAGUGGAAUAGCGCGAACGGUUCAUUGGGCCAGCUGGUGAAUGGCAGUGGUGCUGGUAGUGACUCGUCCGCCGCUGCCGUAGAACCGAGCAACGCUUCCAAAAGAGCGAUGGCCAGAAUGCAACAGGGGCUCAUUUCUGCCCAGGAGCUGGGCGAUGAGAAGCUGCAAAUUGUGCAGCAUCUGCAGGAUCUGAUCGACCACAAGACGCGUCAGCUGGACCAGGAUUUCAAGAAUUUAGGCAGCGACUUCUUCUCGAGACUGGAUUACGGUAGGGAAGAAAAAGUGAACGAUAGCCAGCAGAAGGAAAUUCGUUCCAACAGUCCCGUGUCCGCCUGUUCCUCCAAUAACGUCAAUUUAUCGCCCGCGGUUUAUGCCUCCGCAAUUGGAAACGGUCAGAGCACUGCAGCGUCAGGGGCGAAUGGUGGAAAUGGAUCGACCGCAAACUCCGCUAGCGGGGGAAAUUAUUCCGCCAAUAGUGUCAGUAGUAAUACCCAUAUCGGUAGUACUUCCGGUGCAGGUGCAAGUGGUGGCAUGGGUAGCGGUGGUGGGAGUGAGCGAGGUUCAAAACGCGCCAGACGCCAGACACGUAAUGAGCAGCAGCAGCAGCAGCAGCAUCAACACGGCGGAAGUGCGAACGGCUCGAGCACACCUAAUUCCAUCUCCGGGGCUCAACAGAUGGAUGUGGACCCGAUCGAUACGGUCAAUGUGAAGCAGGAGGUUGGCAGCGCCAGUGGAAGCGGACAAGCGACGUCAAGUGGUGCCAGUGGUAGCGGUACAGGUGCUGGUGGUAAGGCUAAUUCUGGACAGAACAACAGUGCCAGCUCUGGCAAGAAGGGUGGCGCCGGCUCGGGAAAGAAGAAAAAGCGAAAGACCGGAAGGGGCCAGGCGCGAGAGACUCGAGAAGACACACCACCACCCGAGGAGGCCAUCGAUCCGGACGAGCCGACCUACUGUUUGUGUGAUCAGAUCUCCUUCGGCGAGAUGAUCCUCUGUGAUAACGACCUGUGCCCAAUCGAGUGGUUCCACUUCAGCUGCGUGGCGCUAAUGUCCAAACCGAAGGGUAAGUGGUUUUGUCCGAACUGCCGCGGCGAUCGACCGAACGUGAUGAAGCCGAAGGCGCAAUUCUUGAAGGAACUCGAACGCUACAACAAAGAGAAGGAGGAGAAAACCUAAACCCUCCGAUUGUAGCUGUAGAAGGGGUUAUAGAGUUUAGUAUAUAGUGUUGGCUUUCCGUUUGUUCUCAUAGGCAGGACUCCUGGAAAUGGUUUACCCAGUUCUUCCUCGAGAAAAUUUCUGUUUGCUUUGCAUCAUGGUUGGUAGAAGUUACAAAUGAUCACACUUUUACUUGAGAACGAACGUAGCAGCAGAAUAUAUAGAGAUACGAAACAGAGAAUCAUUUCAUUUCGAAAUUUUAUUUUAUUUAGAGAGCUUUUUCAAAUUAUUAACGUUAAGGAUUCGUUAAAAAAUCGACUCGUCUCUAAGAAGGCUGUUGUCUAAUGUCGCAGAUCAAAAACCGCUGCUUUGAAUCUUUUUUGGUUUACUCAGGCCUAGGUUUUUUUUUCCCAACCGUAAUAAAAAGUUUUUUUGUUUCCAAAACAAAACGAAACACAUCUGAAAGUAACAAAAAAACGACAACUAACCAUAAAUUGUAGCGCGUAAUGGUAAGAAAUAAAAUGAUUUGACCUAAA